UGCCAAAGUAAAUCUGAAACAAGCAAUUCUGUAAAAAGUAGACGAUUUUGCAGCUAAACCGUGAAAAGAUGGUUUAUAGGUCAAAGAUCAUCAGCUCGUAAGUCGUAAUAAAAGACCAGACGAACUUUAAAACAAAUUUCUCGUACGGCGGCAUUAUCACUUUCCCACCGACGGACCUUUUCCUCCAUUCGAACUCGGGAACGAAAAGUAAAGAGGGGGCGAAGCUCGAAGCUGUCGAGGGAACUACUCCCGUCGCCGUCGAUCGAACGUUGAAAGUGAGGAGCUGAGCUAGAAGGAAAUCAGAGUUGCAGUGAGAUGGGUUGCAGUUCUUCGAAGCCGGCAGAUCAGUUGGAUGAACCUGGAUUGGAAAUCUCUAGGCGUCUUGCCGCGAGAACCCCGUGUGCUCACCGUGAAUGAGGUGGAGUCAUUGUAUGAGCUAUAUAAGAAGUUAAGCAGUUCCAUUGUGCAAGAUGGUCAUAUACAGAAGUUUUUUUGCAUCACAUGGGCACUGCAGGAAGAAUUCCAAUAUGCGCUUUUCAGAAAUACAAGCAAACAGAAUCUUUUCUUUGACCGGGUAUUUGAUAUGUUUGAUGUGAACCGAGAUGGGCACAUCGAGUUUGAGGAGUUUGUGGACUCGUUGAGCGUCUUUCACCCCAAAACACCUAAUGCAGUGAAAAUCAAGAGUGCAUUCAAGUUGUAUGAUUUAAGGCACACUGGUUACAUCGAGCGUGAAGAGUUGAAAGAUAUGGUACUGGCUCUGCUGAAAGAAUCCGACCUAGCUCUCUCCGACGAUGUCGUUGAACAGAUUGUGAACAAGACAUUCAAUGAAGCAGAUUCAAAAAGCGAUGGCAAGAUUGAUCAGGAAGAGUGGGAAAACUACGUGGAGAAGAACCCGUCUCUACUGAAGAACAUGACGCUUCCCUAUUUAAUGGACAUAACCUUGUCGUUCCCCAGCUUUGUAAUGAGAACUGAAGCGGACGAAUCAGAACUAUAACUCGAUGUUGGAGUCCCAGACGCCGGUGGCCCUCACAGCCAUACUUGAAGCUAGCUGUGUCUCAGCGUGAGAUUAAGUGUUCUGCAGACAUCCCGGUAAAACGUGGUUAGUUCGACUGCCAGGCAAAUGUUUCAUACUUCUUCACGGAAGUGAAGGGUUUGUGGAAGACUAAUGGUAGUUCCUAAGCAUAACUUUCCUCUUCCCUUCGUGUUUUUUAAAGUGUGCUGUGCCAUGCAAAAGUAUUGGAUUGGCAGUGGAAACUAAGCUGUAAAAAAAGGAUGCAUAUAGAUUCCAAUGUUGUGUGGCUUUCGAAGGCAGUUAGCUUUCGAACACGAUUGUUUGUUGUACAACAUCUGUAGAUUGGUCUGUACUAAUGACACUUUUUUACCUAUAGAAACCUGCUGCAAAUAUCAUUAAGCAGAAUCGACGGUUACAUCUCAUGGAAGGUCUGAUGCUGCUGCACAUAGUACCACUGUCUGGCAAGUUUUGGCCUUCUUUCUCCCUGAAUCGUCCGAACCAAAACAAGGCAAUCUGUCUCCUCCAUGAAAACAAUGGAACUGAGUAGCCAGCCAAGUCAGCAGUCCAAGCUGUGGGGCUUCCAUCCAAUAAACCGCUGCCACGAUUGAAAUCCGGAUUUACGCUUUCACUUUUGGAGUCAAAACGCUACGUUCCUCGCCAAAACGACCUACACUAGUUUAGUUCCCUACGUCUUCGUUCGAGAUCUCUGUUUGUGCAAAAGCUGAGAACGGGAGGAACGGAGCAGAAGAAUCUAUGGUGCACGACGACGACGAAGCCCCACCGCCAGGGUGGCAAUCGAUCCCACCUCCGCCAGACCCAUCGGAGGUAGAACCUGCUUCGCCACCGCCGACUACCACGCCGGGGGAACCUAUGCUUCAGCCACGGUGGUCAGGUGAGCCGCCGUCUACUAAAAAAACUCGAAUUAGAGAUCGCUCAGAUGGUUUGUGGUUCAUGCCAACAACUUCUAGCCUAUCAGAAAGGGGAGAAGCAUGUGAAAUGCAUUUGCUGCAACGCUGUCAACUUUGUGCUGGAAGCUCACCAAGUUGGACUUGUCAUUUGUACCUAUUGUCCUCUGCUGCUUAUGUACCCGUAUGGAUCUUUAGCGGUUCGCUGCUCCUCCUGCCAGAGGAUAACAUCAAUCGGAGAUCAGAGCCAUCGCCCGCUAUGUUCUGUAAUUCAGGGAUUCCCUGCCCCACCUCCCCACAAUCCUGUUCCGCUGACUAAGCCUACCUCCUAAAAACUGUGCAGCUCAGAAGGAACUGUGAAGAGUCUCCUCUGAAGUAGUGGUUUUGUGUAGGCUGCUUCUGUGACCAAGUCCAGAGAUGUUAUGAAUGCCUAUUGGGAUUUCGCUCAGAUGGUUAGCUUUAGAACUACUUAUCUAGUUCUUUUGCCUCCAGUGGUGACCUGGCUCGGUGUCUAUGCUGAAGGUGAAGGUGCAGUCUCUCUAGGAAUUAAACUUUCCUGGUGGUGGUUAGAGUUGGGAACAAUGGGCGCCACGAAUCAAUCUCUAAGAGGAACAAGAUAAAAGAUGCUUAUGCUGACUGUCCUACAGCUACACGUUGGUUCAUUGGGCUAUGUUCAAUUUAGUGCAGUGUCGGUUCUGGAAGAACUCUCGUGACUUAAAAAAGCUUAUCUUGAACAGCAAGUAGAGUUAUUAUUAGAGUUCUCCUAAAGCAAACUAGAAAGGGAGCAACUUGUCCCCCAUAGAUUUCAGAUUUGAUUAUUCAUAAUGUAAAUAUCUUUGGCUAAUUGUCAACAGUGACAGCUGUCUAUAAUUCUAUCGUCCAACUUAGAUUAUUACGUGAAA